UCCCGCGCCGCCGAUUAUUCUCCACGGGCUGCAUCGCUCCUCGCUAAUGCCCGAAUUGGACAUCCCCUCGCCACCUCCGAAAGCGAAAGGCGGGCUGGAGGGGGGAGCUGCUGCAUUCGUUUGCGUUGGGAGCAGAGAGGGAGGGACCCUCCGGAGCCGGGUUUCAAAGCAGUAGACGCGCAGCUUCAGACGCGGGGCAGGAAUGGCACGAUUUCCCCGGGCAGCCUUCCUGCGGGACCGCGCUGUGCUCGCUGCGUGCCGGCUCUGAGAGGCUCCGACAGAGCCGGGCGCAGCCGGGAGCCAGGGAUGCUCUGUGGCACUGCGGUGGCACCAGCACCGGGCACAGCCAGGACGGCGCCUGAGACACUUCCCUGCGCUGCCACUGCGCUGGGAACAGGAAGAUUUGCCUUCACUGUAAGUGCUCCCAGGAAGAGCACAUCGUAACAGUUAUGCCUCUGGAGAUGGAGAAGACAGUCACCAAGCUCAUGUUUGACUUCCAGAGGAAUUCAACUUCUGACGACGACUCAGGCUGUGCUUUGGAGGAGUAUGCCUGGGUCCCCCCUGGCCUGAAGCCUGAGCAGGUGCACCAGUACUACAGCUGCCUGCCCGAGGACAAGGUUCCCUAUGUCAACAGCCCGGGAGAAAAAUCCCGCAUAAAGCAACUUCUUCACCAGCUGCCACCACAUGACAAUGAGGUCCGUUAUUGCAACUCAUUGGAUGAGGAGGAGAAGAGGGAGCUCAAACUCUUCAGCAACCAGAGGAAGAGGGAAAAUUUAGGGAGAGGCAAUGUUCGGCCAUUCCCUGUGACCAUGACAGGAGCCAUCUGUGAGCAGUGCGGCGGCCAGAUCAAUGGGGGGGACAUGGCCGUGUUCGCCUCACGAGCAGGACACGGCGUCUGCUGGCACCCUCCCUGCUUCAUCUGCAGUGUCUGCAACGAGCUGCUGGUCGACCUGAUCUACUUCUACCAGGAUGGGAAGAUCUACUGUGGCAGGCACCACGCCGAGUGCCUCAAGCCCCGCUGCGCCGCAUGCGAUGAGAUCAUUUUUGCCGACGAGUGCACCGAGGCCGAAGGGCGGCACUGGCACAUGAAGCAUUUCUGCUGCUUCGAGUGCGAGACGGUUCUGGGGGGGCAGCGCUACAUCAUGAAGGACGGGAGGCCCUACUGCUGCAGCUGCUUCGAGUCCCUGUACGCCGAGUACUGCGACACCUGCGCCCAGCACAUCGGUAUCGACCAGGGCCAGAUGACGUACGACGGCCAGCACUGGCACGCCACCGAGACCUGCUUCUGCUGUGCCCAGUGCAAGAAGUCGCUGCUGGGACGGCCCUUCCUGCCCAAGCAGGGGCAGAUCUUCUGCUCCAGGGCCUGCAGCAUCGGCGAUGACCCCACCGGCUCCGACUCCUCCGACUCGGCGUUCCAGAGCGCGCGAGCCAAGGAGUCGCGCCGCAGCGCCAAGAUCGGCAAGAACAAGGGCAAGGGCGAGGAGGGGGCGCGCAGCCCCUGCAGCCAGCUGCAGGUCACCUCCAACCGCCUCUCCACCGACGUGGACCCGCUGUCCCUGCAGAUGGAUCUGCUGAGCCUGGCCAGCCAGACGCCCAGCCUCAACAGGGACCACUUGUGGAGGAGCCGGGAUGAGCUCUAUCACUAUGGGGGCAAAAUGGAGCAAAGCCAGUCUCAAACCCCCUUGCAGCUUCUCAGCCAGUGCAACAUAAGAACCUCCUACAACCCCACCCAGGUCCCGGGCUCACAGUCGGAUUUGUGGGCAAAACACUUCAGCAACCCAAAGAGGAGCUCCUCGCUGGCCAUGAAGAGCCACGGUGGCAGCUUCAUCCAGGACUGCAGAGAGGACUACUACUCAGGGAGGCUCCGCUCGCAGGAGAGCUACAGUGACAUGUCCAACCAGAGCUUCCCAGAGACCAGAGGAAGUGUCAAAGUCCCCAAGUACGAAGAGGAAGAGGAGGGUGGGAUGCCAACGUCGCAGUGCCGCACCCGUCACCCCAUCAAUGCCCUCAAGUUCACGGAGGACCUGACGCCCACCGAGCAGACUCCCCGGGGCUCCAUGGAGUCCCUGGCACUGUCCAAUGCUACAGGCCUCUCAGCAGACGGUGGAGCCAAACGCCAGGAGCACCUCUCCAGGUUCUCCAUGCCCGACCUGAGCAAAGACUCGGGCAUGAACGUCUCGGAGAAGAUGAGCAACAUGGGCACGCUGAACUCCUCCAUGCAGUUCCGCAGCGCCGAGUCGGUGCGCAGCCUGCUGUCGGCGCAGCAGUACCAGGACAUGGAGCCCACCCUGCACGACCUGGCCAGCCCCCUGGGCUACCAGGAGCGGCCUCCUCACGGGAGGAUGCACCAGAGCUUCGACUACGGCAGCGGGGUGCCCGGGGGCAAGCUGGGGGCGCAGGAGAUCCCGCGGCACGCGCCCCUGAGCGAGCGCACGCGGCGCAGAACCGUGCUGCGCGACGACGAGCGCCACUACCGCCCGCACCGGCCCCGCCGCUCCCGCCGCUCCCGCUCCGACAACGCCCUGCACCUGGCCAGCGAGCAGUGCUACCGCCUCAAGGAGAGACCCUCGCUGCGAGCCAGGGACGACUACGACCCCUUCGUGCACCAGAGGAGCUGCAGGGAGCCCGUGGAGCCCUGCCGGGAUGUCUACGGCCACUGUCCCCGGACGGUGUCGGAUCUCGCCCUGCAGAACCACUUGGGCGAGAGGUGGGGGCCCUACUUUGCCGAGUACGACUGGUGCUCCACCUGCUCCUCCUCCUCGGAGUCCGACAACGAGGGCUAUUUCCUGGGGGAGCCCAUCCCGCAGCCCGCCCGCCUCCGGUACGUGACCAGCGAGGAGCUGCUGCACAAGUACGGCUCGUACAGCGUGCCCAAGUCCUCCACGGUGGGGGCCAGGGGACAGUUGCACAGCCGGAAAAGACAGAAGAGCAAGAACUGCAUCAUAUCCUAAUGGCAUCCUUGCCAGGCACCUUGGGAGAAUGUAAAUUAACUCACGAUCUUGCACUGUUUUAGAUCAUGUAAGUGCUUUUAUUGUAACAAAAGGCCCGAAGAGUAGGGAUUUGGAAGAAGGUUGUAGACCGGCUUCUAUAAAUAGUCGUAAUCCUGGGCACAGUGAAUAUAUUUUGCACAUCUUACUUUGGAGAUAAAAAUUUUAAAAGUUCACUUUAGCCUGUAAUAUCUACCCAGUAGUUUCUCUUCCUUCUCCCAGAUGCUGCCACCCCCUUGAGCUCUGUUUGUCCGCACGUUUUGGUUGCCACUGUUGACUCUCAGCAUCAGUUUGCUGGUAGCUUUUGCUUUCCACCACAUUUUUGUUUUCCAUUAAGCCAUGUUGGUAGGUGAUUUGUCUCUUGGACAGUGUGGGAGCCUAAGUUAUUUCCAUGAUUGUUGUAAAUGCGAUGUAAAUGAGAGUUUGGAGAAAAUAUUUUUGUAUUUUGUAAUAUCAGAGGAAUUUCUAUAUCUUAGGAGUCACUGGGAAAAUGCAUGCACAUUCAGAAUUGUUUUCAGUCAGAGCUAACCAAACAGUACUUUGGAUCCCCCUUUCCAUUUCAUCAUCAAACUCCUUAAGUUUCUCAGUGAGAGUCUGAGUUUUCAUUGGUUUUGAGGGUUUUUUUAUUUUAACCCUUUUUUUUCUGUUCAUUUGUUUUGAUCCUGGUCAACAAACAGAAUGUUUUUUGAUUCAUUAAAUCUUGACAAGCCUCAGUGGCAUUUUGAAGCCUGUGAUUUGCAGGUACACUCCAUCAGUCAGAUACAAGAACCCC